AUGGCGACUUCAGCAUCCUUGACGACCCCUCUGGCAGUAGCGCUGUCCCCGCCGGUGCAAGCCUUUUCGCAGCGGGCUAUUCCCAUCAACGUCUCCAUCCACAACGGCGCUGCGGUCCCCGUCACCAUAAUCAACUGGAACACUCCCUUGGACCCCCGAGCGGCCGUCCUCGGGGUAUUCGAAGUGCGUGACACGACCACCAACGAUGCAGUUCCGCUGGACACGAUCAAGAUAUCACGACCAUUACCCCCGUCGUCGGACGAGCUCGUGGAGAUCCCGGCGGGACAGUCGGUCGAGACCGUGGUGAACUUACCAAGUGGAAGAUUGGUCAGUGGAAAGGAAUACACAGUGCAGGCAAAGGGGAUCUGGCAUGCCGUGUGGCAGAUGGCGCGUAAUGAGGUGUCGGAGGCAAAGUUGGAGCAUUUCGAGGAUGCCAGGAGGGGGGAGUUCGUGUCCAACCAGAUUCGGUUGGCCUGA